CCCAAAAUAAGUAGGAAUGGGCAGCGGCUGCUCACAGUCAACACACCUUUUCCAUUUGCUAACAAGGCCUUGGCAGUCUGGGAGACAGUUGUGUCUGCUUGCCUCUGGAGAAAAGCCACUGAGACGGGACACAGACAUCAUGGAAGUACUGCAAAGGACGCUUCUUUUUCUUCUUUUGUCCAGUGUUUGCAGCGGUGAAGGCAGCAAAGAUGUUCAAAAUACAGGGUCCUCUACAUCACCACCACCAAAUCUUGCAUCAAGCUCUACAUCAGCAACAACUAUAACACCAUCACCUGAUCUUCACAAGCCGACACUUGGCACAUCUCCUCCAGGAACAAUCAGCAAUGAAUCAUCAAAAACAUCUCUGAUGUCAACAGUUUCUUCAAUUACAACAGUUACAGUUGAAGGAACCACAAGCAAUGACAUCACAAAGAACGAGUCUGUCACUGCAAAUGACACAAUGACGAAUCUUCCAACUGUCAAUGCUAUCUCAACUGUACAAAGUCCCCAACCCAAGAUUGAGAAUGUGAGUUCAAGCACAACAGCAGAAAUAAUAGUUAACACUCCACACCCAGCUGGAUCAGUUACUGAAUCCAAGACAUCACCUUCAUUGUCAUUGGUAAUAACAACUCCAGACAUCAUCUUUUCAUCUCCAGGUACUGAGGAUGGAAAGAACAUGAGUGCUUCAUCAGCAAAAACCUCCUAUUCCAGUGUGAUUUUGCCAGUGGUUAUUGCUCUGAUCGUAGUGACACUUUCAGUAUUUGUACUGGUGGGUUUAUAUCGAAUGUGCUGGAAGACAGACCCAGGAACACAGGACAAUGGAAAUGAUCAACCUCAGUCUGAUAAAGAGAGUGUGAAACUUCUCACAGUUAAGACUAUUUCUCACGAGUCUGGUGAGCACUCUGUGCAAGGAAAAACCAAGAACUGACAGCCUGAUGUAUCCUUCCUACAGCUAGGCAAUAAAUAUGCUUGAUCAUCAGCUUCUGUCUUCUAGGGUAAACAGGGAGAAAAUCCUGUUGAAUCAAUCCUACUCUCUGCUCCUGCCCACCAGUAUACAUUACCAAGAAAAGGACGUCCAACGACAGAUGACAGGCACUAAUUUGAUGGGAUAAGAAAGAACAUCGGGCCUCUUCUAUCCUUUCAAAUGAAAUGAAAGCAUAUUACUACAUUUUGUAGAAACAUUCCUAGGAGAGUGAGCUGGGGAAGGGGUGUUUGUGAGCCGUGGAUCUGACAGCCCAGGCAAACCAUUCCCUGGAGUUUCAGUUUCCAGGGCUGACAGUGUAUAUCCAUUGAGACUUUCCAACUUUCAUCAUGGUCUUAUAUUAUCUAACAUUUGUAUUUAUUAUUGUCCAUUCUGUUAAUGCAGGGAGAAUUUGCAAUUGCAUUAUUAAAUAUUAGGUAAAAUUCAUAUGAUAUUACUUUGUAUAUACAGUUAUCUUUUCAUAUUUUCAUAUACUACUUUCAAUAAAUAAUUGCUGUAUUUGACAUACUAAAAUAUCAUGCAACACAAAAAUUCAA